CAAUAGCCAAAGCAAAAAAUCGAAAAAAAAAAAAAUGAAGCAGAUUACAAGAAGCUACACCAGACUCAAGGUGAAUUUCUUCAAAAGUGCCUUAUAUGGAAUCAAUGUGAAGAGCGAGGAGAUCAGUGAAUGGGCAGAAUCUCUUAACUGUGUGGAGGGUUCUAUCCCUUUCAAAUACCUCGGAAUCCCAGUCGGUGCUAACCUGAGAAACUUAUCAACCUGGACACCUGUUGUUGACUGCUUGAGACGUAAAUUGUCAAACUGGAAGUGUGAAUCGCUAUCCUUCUGUGGUAGAAUCGUUCUCUUGAAUGCUGCCCUAUCAAGGGGGGAUAGGAAGAUUGCAUGGGUUAGUUGGGAGAAAGUAUGCAAUAGUAUAAAGGAUGGGGGAUUAGGCGUUAAGGACUUGGAUAGAUUUAACAUGGCACUCUUAGGAAAGUGGCGAUGGAGAUUGGUGGUGGAGAAAGAAGCUCUAUGGAAUAGGGUAGUUGAGGCCAAAUAUGGGAUUCAUAGAAGAAGGGAUUGGGAGGGGAGGGAGGUGAAAAUGAAUAGCUCGUACUGGUGGAAGGCAUUGUGGAAAUUAGAUAAAGAAAGAGGAAGUAAUGAGGGAUGGGUGUACAAGGGAGUAGUAAAAACAGUGGGGGAGGGGAAUGAUACCUUCUUUUGGCAUGAGAAAUGGUGUGGGGAUGCGCCUUUUAGGGAGAAAUUCAAUAGAUUAUUUAGAUUGACAAAAGAUAAGGAUGUUGUAGUUAAAAAUAUGGGUGAAUGGAGAAAUGGAGAAAUGGAGAAUGGAUCUGGAAAUGGAGUUGGAGUCGGGAUCAACCAUUUGUUCUUCACCUGUGAUGCAACCUGGGCAAUUUGGCAUGCAACUUACGCGUGGUGGGGAGUGCAGGCUGUCCUUACGUGUGAAGGCUGGAAGCAUCUGCAGCAACACAUGGGUAUAGUGCAAAAUAAGAAAAUGAAGGAAAUUUGGAAGUAUCAUGUGCAGGUGGUCAAUGAACUGCAGGACGGAAAGUCCCUCAACGCGCACUGCAAAUCAACGGACGACGAUCUCGGCCAGAAAAUCCUCUCUCCAAAGGGUGGCCAUUUUGAAUUUGGGUUUAAAGUCAAUGCUUUUGCCACCACACUUUUCACGUGCGAUCUUUGGUUUGAUCAAUUCCAUACCGGCUUCAAAGCAUUCGAGGCUAAUUAAUAAUGAAUUCGUAGACGAUCGUUGCGGCAGUAGCUGGUGCGUUUGGAGGGCAAGAAAUCAUGGAUUUUAUUUGGUUCACAGAGAAACUGGUGCUGUUACGAUUAAAUAUCCAUGGGCAUCAUAAAAACCUAAAUAAUGUGAGUUCGAACCAGGUAUAUGUUGCUCGUUAAGAAGUUUGCCAUGGGUUAAGUUUGGGAAUUUGGAGUGGUCGAAUAAAUAGGUGGCCUGGAU